CCCCCCUCCUCCUCCUCCUCUCCUUUGGCUUCCAAGCUGCUGAAGGGGGUCUCUCCCUUUCUGAGGAGAGCAGAAAGAGGGGGGAGAAAGAUGGAGACGGGAGUCCGAGGAACCCUCUCCAGCCCCUAGAGACAGGGAGAGAGACCCCUCCUGGCUUUCCCUGGGCGCCUUCCUGGCAAAGGCAUGGCUCUGCCGCCCAAAGGCUGCUCGGAGGCUGCGGGGCUCGGAUGGAGGAGGAGGAGGAGGACGGGAGCAUGAAGAAAGAGGCGGGAUGGGCGCCAACAAUGGCAAGCGCUACGGCGGCAGCAGCAGCGAAGGUAAAGGCAGCUCAAGCAUCUCAUCCGACGUGAGUUCAAGUACAGAUCACACACCUACCAAAACUCAAAAAAAUGCCGCUACCAGUGAAGAUUCCGACCUGAGCAUGCGUACCGUCAGCACACCCAGUCCAGCACUAAUAUGUCCCCCAAAUUCACACAUCUUGCAGAAUGGAAAGGGAUCUUCCACCUCUUCCUCUUCAGUCACUGGAGAAACCAUUGCAAUGGUGCACUCACCUCCUCCAACCCGACUCACCCAUCCUCUCAUUCGCUCUGCCUCCCGGGUUCAGAAGGAACAGGCCAAUAUUGAUCGGCUUCCAGACCAUUCAGUGAUCCAGAUCUUCUCCUUUUUGCCCACUAACCAGCUGUGCCGCUGUGCCCGAGUGUGCCGCCGCUGGUAUAACCUUGCUUGGGACCCCCACCUGUGGAGGACUAUUCGCUUGAUGGGUGAGACAAUCAAUGUGGACAGAGCACUGAAGGUGCUGACUCGGCGGCUUUGCCAGGACACACCAAACGUCUGUCUCAUGUUGGAGACGGUAAUUGUUAGUGGCUGCAGGCGGCUCACAGACAGAGGGCUCUACACUAUUGCUCAGUGCUGUCCAGAACUGAGGCAGUUGGAGGUGUCAGGUUGCUACAACAUUUCCAACGAGGCAGUCUUUGAUGUGGUCUCACUCUGCCCGAACCUGGAGCACUUAGAUGUAUCAGGUUGUUCCAAAGUGACAUGCAUCAGCUUAACCCGUGAAGCCUCCAUCAAGUUGUCCCCAUUGCAUGGAAAACAAAUUUCUAUCCGCUACCUGGACAUGAGUGACUGCUUUGUCCUUGAGGAUGAAGGACUACACACCAUUGCUGCCCACUGCACGCAAUUGACGCACCUCUACCUACGGCGCUGCAUCCGUAUCACUGAUGAAGGCCUCCGUUACCUGAUGAUUUACUGCACAUCCAUCAGGGAGCUGAGCGUGAGCGACUGUCGCUUUGUCAGCGAUUUUGGCAUGCGUGAGAUUGCAAAGCUGGAGUCCCGCCUACGGUACCUCAGCAUUGCCCACUGUGCCCGCAUCACGGAUGUAGGCAUCCGAUACAUCACCAAGUACUGCAGCAAGUUGCGCUACCUCAAUGCGCGGGGCUGUGAGGGCAUCACGGACCAUGGAGUGGAGUACCUUGCCAAAAAUUGCACAAAACUCAAGUCACUUGACAUUGGAAAAUGCCCCCUGGUCUCCAACAUUGGCUUGGAGUUUCUGGCUCUGAAUUGCUUCAACCUGAAACGAUUGAGCCUGAAGUCCUGUGAAAGCAUCACUGGACAAGGCCUGCAGAUCGUGGCAGCCAACUGCUUUGACUUACAGAUGCUGAAUGUACAGGAUUGUGAGAUCUCAGUGGAAGCUUUGCGGUUUGUUAAACGCCAUUGCAAGCGCUGUAUUAUAGAGCACACCAACCCUGCCUUUUUCUGAAGCCAACACUUCACUCUUGUUGAUGAAUGCAAAGUAUCAGAAAUGUUUGUUGGGCAUAUGUGCCCUGGCUGUGUGUAUACAGCAAUUGUACUUUCUUUGUACCAGGGAAGGGAACAUGGAGCUUUAGGGUCCACAUUGGGUCCUUAAAACACUUCCUGAUGGCCUUGCUCAAACCUCCCGAGUGCAGGGGACUUCUAAUCUUAAAAAUUUAAUUCUCUACCCUUUAUGACCCCUGUGAUAUAACUGAAGACAACACAGUGGUUUUUAUGUAGAGUUCAGCAAAGGGAAGGCAAGUAACAGACACCCUAGUUUAUCCUUGUUGACAAAUAUCAUUAGUCCUGAUCUAGGGGGAGUGAAUUGUUCAUAGGUCACAUUGAAGGCCAAAGCUUGGAAAAGGUACAUUUUUAGACUACAACUCCCAAAUAAGGGCUAGGAAAUUGUAAGAGCUGUAAUCCAAAAAGGAAAAUUUUCCAAGCUCUGUUGAAAUGAAUGGGAGAUGUUAAUCAUGACCAGUCUCGUUGUUUUCAAAAGAAAUAGUCAUGGCUACCUUUAGCUGUAUUGGAACCAACAUGUCUCAGAUCAUUGUGUCAUUUGAGAGCCUGUCACUUUUGUUUGUUUUUGCUUUGCUGUUACACUUUGGGGCCUAAAUUGUAGUUCAAAGAAGAAUGCCAUCCUAGCAGAGGUGCAAUACAUCAAAGAUGCUCUGAUAUACUAGCCAUCACAAUUAUUCAAGUGGUAGCAAAUUAAUCUCUGACACAUGUAUUUUUGCAUAUGACCCUCAGUGCUAAACAGGUUAUCUGCCCCUGUUCGUUGUCUCUCAGGGGUCCUAUCAAGAACUUCUCUGUAAAAGUAGAAAGUGUUUUAAGCCACCUUCCUUUAACUCCUGUUGUGUCCAGGUUGUCUGUCAUCUGGAAAGAACAUCUGUUUAAAUAUAAUAUCCUAACUGUAGUCCUUUUACAUCAGUAUGAAUAGCUCUUGGAACACUCUGUUUUAGACCUUCUUUCCUCUUUGACUGUUGGUCUAGAAAAAAUGUGGAUUUUCAAUCAGACGCCAGUAAGCUUUGCAUUUCAGAACGCUCUUUCACAGUAGAAAAACAUGUCAAUUUAUUAUGAUCAUUCAUAGCUAUAGCCCACAAUCCUGGCCUCUCUCAUCAUCCCUUCAGGAUUUUCUGCCCUUAUCUCUUUUCUGUUUAGUUCAUGGGUGGCCAAGUGGAGAGGUCAUAGGACAGGGAUAGGGCACUUCUGGCCUGCCAAAUGGUGAUAGAUCACAGCUCCCUGUAGUCUUGACUCUUGGCCAUGCUGGUUAGAAGGCCACAACAGCACAGUCAGGCCUAUAGCUUUGCCUCUCUCUCUAACUCUGACAGUGCUGCUUGUGUCUUGCUUCUAUUCACUAGGAACAAAGCUGGACAAAAACUCCAGAGGCUACAUAUGCCCUGAAGUACCCAAGGUUUGUUCUUUGUCUUAUUAACAAUUACUGAAUGUUUAGAUCAGCUAUAUGUUAAAUAGUUAAGUAUACUAAACAUUAGUAUACUUAGUUAAGUAUAUACAGUGGUCUCUCCACAUUUGCUGGGGUUAGGGGUGAAGGAUCUCAACGAAUGUGGAAAACCCACAAAUAAAAAAAAAUAUUCUUUUUACCUGAGAG